CAAGUCGUUAGCUAUUCUUCGCGCUUCCCCUGAGCAGGCAACACUCAACCUCGCAAGCGAUGGCCCCCACUCCGAAGACCUCCUCCGCCCCGUCUUCAUGGGCUGCUCCACCAAAUCCGCUAAAAUCGUCGGAAUCUCCCUCGGCUCCCUGCAACGCCUCAUCGCCCUCUCCGCCGUGCCCCUCUCCGCCGUGCCGAAGAUAGUGCAGACGAUGGGCGAGUGCAUGAACCAGGGCGUGGAUAUACAGCUCAAGAUAUUGCAGACGUUACUGAGUCUGGUGACGAAUUUUGGGAGGGUGCAUGGGGAGUUGUUGGGUGAUGCCCUCCUCCUCUGUUUCAAACUCCAAGAAUCCCGCAUCGCCGUCGUCUCCUCCACCGCCGCCGCCACACUCCGUCAACUCGUCAUGUUCGUCGUCGACAAAGUCGUAGACGAAGACCGCCGCCUCUCCGAUGCCUCUUCUAUUCUCUCAGCCAACUCCACCUCCACCUCCCCCCCACAACAGGACCUGGAGCUCGUGGACACGACGCUUCCGGACGGGACGGUCAAGGCGCUGGGCCCGUCCGCGAGGGACGCGUUCGCGAUAUUCGAGGAUCUGUGUCUGUUAGCUAAUUCGGAGAGACCGAAGUUGUUGAAGUUGGAGUUUUUGCAUAAGACGUUUGCGUUGGAGUUGAUCGAGAGCGUGUUGACGAAUUAUCAUGAUUUGUUUAGGAGGCAUUCCGAGCUUCUGCUACUAUUACAGCAUCACCUUUGUCCCCUCCUCCUCAAAUCCCUCUCCGAGCGCCCGAUUUUCCCACUCACACUCCGCUCCACCCGAGUCGUCUUUCUCCUCCUCAAGCAGUUCUCGCUAGAACUCAAGACGGAGGCCGAGGUCUUCCUGAUGCUGUUGAUUCGGACCAUCGGCGGCGACGUGGACGGUUCUGGAUCGGACUCGGGGAACGGUGGAAUGGGGAGUGGUGGCAGUGCGAGGCCGGGAUGGAUGAGGGUGUUGGCGAUGGAGAUCAUGAGAGGUCUUUGCAGCCACGCCGAGUUCAUGCGCAACGUCUGGGAACGGUACGACGCCCAAUCCUCCGAGUCAGGCUCGAACUCGAAAGUCUUCACGUCGCUCAUCACGGCGCUUAAACGCCUCGUUACCGAAAGACCGUCCCUGCUCGGCGUGAGCCAUCAGAUGAUGGGUGUCGGUGGGACCCAUGGCACCGAUGCUGGUGGGAUGGGUAUGGGAGGAGGGGGCGGAGGAGCUGGAGGCGGUGGUAGGACGGGUGGAGGAGGGAGUGUGGCGGGGAUGGUGGCUACUGCGGCUAGUGCGACUGUUUCGGGGGUUGUGGGGAUGAUGGGGAGUGAGGCUGGAUUGAGUUUGCAUUCGAGUGCUAUGAAACUGCAAUGCAUCGACCAACUAGACAAAGCAGACGCUCCGCCGAUUCCAGAAUCCUACAUUUACCUCCUCGGCACCCAAUGUCUCGUCUCCCUCUGCGAAGGCCUAGCCUCCUACGCCGCCCCCCUCUACACCUCCCUAAUGAUCCAAAAACCCCGCUCAGCAGGCGACUCCCUCAUCCGCGCUCCCUCCGCUCUCGACCCCACCACCCUCCCCUCCAACACCCCCUCCGAAGCCUCCACGCGCGCAGGACUGAUAGCAGUCCGGGACAUGGUCCAAGCAGGCUGGCCCGCCUUACUCGCUGCGCUUAGUUUCCUGAUCAGCACAAAUCUGAGUGACGAGUUGUUCGUGGAUGUGUUGGCGAGCUAUCAGGCGCUGAUGAACGUCGCGGGCAUGUUGGGAUUGAAUACCCCACGAGACGCAUUCCUCACCUCGCUCUCGAAAUCAGCGAUCCCGUCCCGCGUCGUGUCGAGUCUCGAAUCAUACAUCGAGCCGCCCACGCCGCGGACCGCGUCCUCGUUCUCUGAAGGUCUCGGCGCGUUGGCUGGGACUGUCACGGGUGCGGGUGGAGGAGGAGGGGAGGGAGGAACGCCGGGGUUAUCGGAGAGGAAUAUGGCGUGUUUGAAGGUGUUAGUGCAGAGUGGGAUGUUCCUCGCCGGGAGCUGGGGAGAGAGCUGGUUCGAUGUGCUCGAGGCGUUGCAGAAUGCGGAUUAUGUCCUCACCGCGAAGGGAGCGAGACCGGUUUCGGUGGUCAUGCCUGUGAAGAGGUCAGCUUCGGGGCAUGGGGCGCAGAAGUCGGUGGCACAAUCUGGGGCGGCAGGAGGUGCGGGGUCGGCGGGGAGUCCACAGCAGGGACAGGGACAGACGGUGGCGAGACAUCCGUUGUUGAUGGAUUUGGAUGCGGAGAGCGUGCAGCUUGCGAUCCAGCGAUUGUUUGACGCGUCGAAGAAUCUCGAGGAUGCGGCGUUCCGCGAUUUCGUGAAUGCGUUGUGUAGGCUUAGUGGAGAGAUGGUGGGUAUGCAGGCAUCGCAGUCAUCAGAGUUAGGUUUGGGCGGUGGGUCAACGUCGUUCCCCGGUAGUGGGAGUAUCCCGGAGAAUGAGUCGGUGGACGAUGUGACGGUGGGUGGGGGUAGCUCGGUCAGUUUGAGCACGACGCUGUCGCAGGGCACAGGACAGGGGACGUCGAGGCCGGAGUAUGCGAGUCGGAGGAGGGUUAGUGGGAUUCAUUUGCCGAGGACCUUGCGUUCUGGAGACUUUGGGAUCAACAAGCUUGGGGGCGUCGCUGUACUCAAUAUACACAGGCUCAUCUAUCGCUCCCCGGACAUCGCCUGGGACACGAUCACCAGCCAUCUGCUCUCAGUCAUUCGUCUCUCAACAGCCCCGCAGUCCGUUCGCCUACAAGCUGCUCAUAUUCUCGAUGACAUCGUCGCCGUAGUUCCUCGAAACCUCACCACCGCCGGCGAACUGCAAGCCGCAGUCCAACGACGCAUGCUUGAUGUCCUCGCACAACAGAUCAUGCUCGAUACCUCGAAUGGCGCAGGCUCAUCUUCCACCAGCGUCGAACUUCGUCGUCUUGGGCUAGAGACGCUGCACAAGAUCUUGCAGGCUUCGGGCCACACGCUCGUAGUGGGCUGGGAGACGAUCUUCGAGAUAUUGAGCAGCGUAUGUAAGCCUGCUCAGUUGCCCGCGUCGACCUCAGGAGACGCUUUACGCUCAAUCGAGUCCUCGCCGAUGUCGAUGAGAGCGAAACCUCUUCCGCUGGGAUAUGUCAACGAGAAGGGCUACGCGACGCUGAUCAAGAUCGCUUUCCAGUCGCUGACUCUGGUCUGUGACUCUCUCUCUGUUCUCUCCCCCGAACAUCUCCGGAUGUGCAUCAGCACGCUAGGCCACUUCGGAAGACAAGCGGAUACGAAUAUCGCCCUUACCGCCGCCGAAAGUCUUUUCUGGGGCGUUUCCGACUCCAUCCAAGCAAAGAGGAAGGACGCAGAGAAGGAGCCGGAGUAUAGCGCGCUUUGGAUGUUCCUCUUGCUCGAGAUUCUUAGACUUUGUACCGAUGCUAGGCCGGAGGUCAGGAUGGGCGCUAUCCAGACUCUGUUCAGGACAUUACAGCUCUAUGGCGCCACGCUGAGUCUGGAGACAUGGGACGAGUGUAUAUGGAAAGUCACGUUCCCGUUGCUCGAUUCUCUCACGGCUGCUAUUCGCCAACAAGGUCAAGGACCUUUGUCGCCGUCACCAUCAACGCCUACAGCUGCGGAUUAUUCGUCGCUCACUGCUAUAGGACAAGACCCGGCGAUCGCGGAUGCGGCCUGGGACGAGUCGAAGGUGGUCGCAUUGCAAUCUGUCGGAUCUAUAUUCCACGAUUUCCUGGUGUCGAAGAUCAUGCGUCUCGAAUCGUUCCCAAAAGCAUGGGACGUCUUCGUCAUGCACAUCCGCGACUCUUUCCUCCUCGAUAACCGAAUCGUCACCGCUCCCGCCCUCCGAUGUCUGGAGAAAGCGCUCAAAGCGUCGGCUGCGGGCGCGGCGGAUGAAGGGCUGAAGACGCAGGUGGUGGAAGCUUGGGAGAAGGCGUGGACGGUGUGUGAUGAGAUGGGGGAGGUGGUGGUGAAGAGAGCGAGCGCGCGGGGAGAGUUGGCUGGCGUGCAUAAGCCGUUCACCCAGGAGAGUCUGGUGGCGUUCGUGGAUGUUAUAGUGGCUACGAGAGGGGUUAGCAGGACCAUCGAGGACGUGGAAUGGCCGUUGGAGAGGUUGUCGAAGUUGAUGGUCAUUUUGAAAGGUGUCUUGACGUAUCCUAAUUCUCCAGAUUAUCGACCAGAUGUGGAUGCACUCACACCCGUACAGACCGUCGUGAUGGAAGCAGUCAGCAGUAUUACCCUCACAGCGCCUGGUGUUCCUUCAUUAGUCCUACGCGACCUCUCCGAAUAUGUCACCCUACCAUUCCUCGCCGCUUUCGACGUCCCCGAUGCAUCAACAUCCUCCGGUACACUCUCAAUCACCUCAUCCCCAGCCGCCAAGAGACCUACACUGUCAUCAGCACCCAAGAAACGAAUCACCUACAUCGGCAUGUCAAAGAAAUGCAUGCCCAUGCUCGUCGAGCUCUUCCUGCGUUUCAAAGACGAACCUGCUAUCUAUGUCGAUGGGACGUUGGAGGCGAUCCUGUCUGCAUAUUCGAUCCCGAUCAAAAUGAAGUAUGAUUGUCCGGCGCCCUCGAAGUUUGGGAAGGAUCAGCCGUUGUGGAAGACUGCGACGACGAGCUUUUUGAGGAUUGUCAGGGAGAUUGCAGCGCAAAUCCGGGUAUUAGGGAGUGUUAUCUCGGAUGAGCGCGUGGAAGGAAUAUGGAGGCAGACUAUCGACGUAUUCCGCGGGGCUAUACUCGCCGAUUGUUCCGCCGCCGAAUCUUUCUCAUUCGACGAACAAGAAGCAGAGGAGAAUUUUGACCUGGCUCUUAUCGCCUCUCUGGAGAUUGACGUCGUCCCACACCUCGGUGACACACGCGUACCAGACUACCUCAUCAGCCAUCUGUCGAAGGUACUACAACAAGGCAGUCAACUACGUCACGACGAAGACGAGGAGGAGCAGAUGCUGACACCUCCCCAUUCGGCCAAGAACGAAGACUGGAGCGAUAUGGAAAAGAGCGAUCGCUUAAAUGGGGCAGUCAGGAAUGGCGGCGGCAUAUUCAGGGAGAGGUUCUCGUAUUGGUGCUUUGAUUUGCUAUUUUUGAUUUGUUCGGAUACAUCUCGAGAUCAAGAGGUUUCGAGAAAGCGAGUGGCGGCGCUAUGUUUGUCGUCUUUGCUGAACAGGUGUAGAACGACAUUGGUCAACUUCGUCGCGGAUGAGAGUCUGAGAGGCAAUUUGCCCUUCCCAAGGGUACGUGAGGAGGAACUUCUGUAUGCGCUACAGAAGAUGCAAGAACUUCGGCUGUGGCCUGGGUCACUAUGGGCUGCCCUUUCAGAUAGACCAUCGGAGUAUUCUUCCACUCAGCCCCCUAUCGACGCAACGCUGUCGCCGUCAAAGCUGAUCGCAGAUUCAGUCCAACGCUCGACGAAAGCCCAUCUGUUCCACUUCUACUCAGUCUUAUGCGAGAUCGCCUCCGUGCCUCGUAAAGUUCCGGCUGCAUGGGUUGUGCCGAGACAGUUGCUCUCGCCACCCGAUUCUCCUCCCGUUAAGGGUUCAUCAGUGGAACCAGGGACGCAUGAGAGUCGGAUAGCAGCUAAUGGGGUGAGAACGAGUGUCAGUACGAAGCCGGUCGAUGCUAGAUCGUUGGCUAGGGAGUGCUUGAAGGAGAUGGGAAGAGAGUUGGGUGUUUCGAUGUAGGCCUGAGACUACAGUUUCUGAUAGGGUUUUCGAGGAUUCAGUAUACUGUGUACUUCUGCUUUGCACGCUAUAUGCUUCGAUACGUCG